AUGCUGGCGGUGGCGGCGCUUAGCCGGGGCGCGCAGGCGGCGGCGGCCGCCGGAGGGGCGCUCGAGCUGACGGCGGUGCUCGACCCGCUCUCCAAGGAGGCGCAGCGCGCGGCUCCCCCCCCUUUAGGCCUCUCCGUCACGCUGCACCUCAACCCGAGCUUGCAGAUCGACAAGUUCCCGCUCGAGUCGUUCUACCGGUACGUCGUGUCGCUCGAGCCGAGCUUCGACAACGCCGGCCGAUCGCUCAGCCCGCAGCUCGACCGCGCCCUCUUCUCGUCGCUGCGCACGCCACAGGUGCUGACGCUGCACGUGGACGCACCCGAGGCGUGGCUGCUCGAGUGCACCGAGGCGGCGUACGACAUGGACAACCUGCGGCUCGCCGAGCUGGGCGAGCGGAGGAGGCCGUCCAGGCGUCGAGAUGGCGACCGUCGGACGGUGUCCGCGGUGUACGAGCUCGCGUCGCUCCUCAUCACGGGCAGCUGCGAGGACGUCGGCUCGCGCCACCCCCCCAACGGGCUGCAGCUGCUGCUCGGGACGACCGCACAGCCGCACGCGACCGACACACUCGUCAUGCGGCGACGCACCGGCGAGCCGCGGCGGCGGCCGAGCGUUGGUUGGACGGUCUUCACCCUCCGCACGGCUCCCGCCCUCCUCGCCGCCGGCCACUCGACGCGCGCCUUUCGCGGAGGCAUGCAGCGCAUCGACCCCGCUACGCUCACCGACGCGGCGGCGGUGCGGGUCACUAUGGCGGACUUUACGGGCGCAAACAUCCUGCUGCUCGCGCAGAAGCGGCCCGGGCUCGAGUCG